AUGAAACUCCAUGCUGCAGCUAUCCUCGUCAUCUUCUGGCUUGGCGCCUUCACUGUGAAAACAGCAAAAGGGAGCGCAGGAAGUCAGCCCAUGCGCAAAGUCAGUUGUGUACGUCUGUCUACACAGCAACUGAACAUCAGAAACCUUGUCAGCUACGAAAAACAACAAGUUCCAGUAGAUGCCAUCAUGUUUAUCACCACAAAAGGUAUCAAGAUCUGCGUAAGCCCUAAUCAGAAAUGGGUGCGGACUGCUGUAAAGAAAAUAGACCAAGAACGUACCAAAAGGCAAAUAAUCCCGUCCUAG